GUUUGGUUAUGGACGUGUAGGCUAUCUCCAAGCUAGAUAGUUAGCUGCGUGUUUGUUUGUUUUCACACGGCAAAUCUCUUCAUAGCGUAUAUUGAGUAACUACAAAAUGUUCAAUAUUGGAUUAAUUUGUUGAAGUCAUCUUGUGAAGGAUCGUAUACUUGUUGGAACCCGUCUGUUAGCCGCGCGCUAGCAAGUUGGCUAACGAUCCAUUGAGCACCAGCACCAUGGCAAGUGCAGCAAAUGCUAAUCUAAACGCAGUCAGGGAGACUAUGGACGUGUUACUGGAGAUUUCCAGGCUGCUGAAUACCGGCUUGGACAUGGAGUCUCUGUCCAUCUGUGUGAGACUAUGUGAGCAGGGCAUCAACCCGGAGGCUCUGUCGGCAGUCAUCAAGGAGCUGAGGAAAGCGUCAGAGACCCUCAAGGCUCCUGAAAACUGCACAAACUAAAAAUACGGCCACUCACUUGGGAUUCUCUUAACUGGAAUGCACCUUUGGGUUGUAUCCGCCCUCUCUCUGUCCUGUCCCUGGACAUUGCAAACAUCCACCUCACCUCAAUCCUUGCCUUAAACGGGGGACACUAUACGUUUAGAUUAAACACCUGCCAUCGGUAAUAGCACAUUUUUGUUUUACUUUUUUUUAAAGUGUCAUUUGUUUUUAUUUUGCCUAAACAACGUGCAUGGUGCGAACAUCAUCAGACAAGAUAAGUGGAAGUUCAAACAUUGCAGUCGGCAGCCACUAGGUGGUGCUGUGACCUGCCAAUCUAAAGUGUGUAUUACUCUACGGUAGUUUGGCCAUUCAACUUCCCAAUGCAAAAAGCUAUUUAAUCCUUUAAUAAAACAGUUCAAGACAGUCUGCGCCAUAAAAAGAGUAUUCUGUGGUAACUGCUCAUAAUAUGAUAAGAUCACAUUGUAAUACAAUUGAAGUGUUUUGAUUAUUAUUCCAUAUUAAGUGUACGUUGUAGCUCUUAGGAAAAACAUUCAACAGCACUAUAAAAACCUAUUAAAUAAGAUUUGGAGGUUUUAGUGGGUCAAAUGGCAAAAAUGUACUCACUUUAGAUUGACACCAUCAGAGUAACUAUUAAUUUUAUAGUAUCUUGAUUAUUUUUAUUUGUUGAAUUGGUAUCUUUAACUACAAAACAAAGUCCCAAAAUACUGUUGUUCACAUAUACAAAUAAAAUGACUAUUUUCUUUUUUUUU